CUGGACUCCCACAGUGAUGAUUCCUGUUCUCAUCAACAGAGUUCAUUUACUUUCAGUUAAAUAUUUGAUACCCUGCAUUCUACUAGUUGGGUCCACAUCUUGGUAUCAACAUUUAAAAGGACUCAGCAAAAGAUGAAGGUAAUGAAACUGAAGGCAGCAGGAUGAACAAGUUGAGAAGGACAAGGAAAAGAGUCACCAAGCCACAUCUUUGCCCAGCGGAUGGCGGGGAAAUCACCAUGGCCAGUUUCAACGGAGAAGCAAGAGGACAGCAAGAUGCGAAGUAUUGCUACAUGAAGGAUGAAAGGUCUGGAAACCAAACAUCAGAUCUCAGCAAACCUGGCUCUUCUGAAUCUUGUCCCUCCCACAAUGACAAAGAUGCCCCGGAUCAGAUGCCAGUGGUAAAACCAUCACUUGCCAGCACCCCAGCCAGUGUUCCUGAUGCCGAGUUCAACUCCAAUGCUGACAACACCAGGGACAGUGCUCAGAUCACGACCCCGCCUCAACUUUCUUCGAGAAUGAAACAUAUUAAACAAGAAAUGGCCAAAAACCACCUCCAGUUUGUACGCUUUGAAGCAACGGACUUGCACGGCGUCUCCAGAUCAAAGAGCAUCCCUGCACAGUUUUUUCAAGAAAAAGUGAUCCACGGUGUUUUCAUGCCCCGUGGUUAUCUGGAACUUAUGCCGAGCCCUAAGGACAAUGAGGUGAAUCACAUAAGAGCCACGUGCUUCAAUAGUGACAUCGUCCUCCUGCCAGAGCUGUCGACCUUCAGAGUCUUGCCAUGGGCAGAGAGGACCGCUCGGGUGAUCUGUGACACCUUCACAGUGAUGGGCGAGCCUCUGCUGACUUCCCCCAGGUACAUCGCCAAGAGGCAGUUGCGCCAGCUGCAGGAUGCCGGCUUCUCCCUGCUGUCUGCCUUCAUCUAUGAUUUCUGUAUUUUUGGUGUGCCCGAAGUGAUUAAUUCUAAGGCCAUAUCCUUUCCUGCUUCGACAUUACUGAGUAACCAUGAUCAGCCCUUCAUGCAGGAGCUGGUUGACGGCCUUUAUCACACCGGGGCCAAUGUGGAGAGCUUCUCAUCUUCUACCAGACCUGGGCAGAUGGAGAUCUGUUUUCUCCCUGAAUUUGGCAUUAGCUCAGCCGAUAAUGCAUUUACCCUCUGAACGGGUGUCAAGGAAGUGGCCAGGAGAUAUAACUAUGUAACAAGCCUUGUGAUGGAGACCGGAUUCUGCAAUUCAGGAAUUUUAUCUCAUAGUGUCUGGGAUGUCGGCGGAAAGACAAACAUGUUCUGCAGUGCUUCCGGGGUGGAGCGGCUCACACUCACCGGGAAGAAGUGGUUGGCGGGUCUCCUGAAGCAUUCCGCUGCUCUCAGCUGCCUGAUGGCCCCUGCCGUCAGCUGCCGCAAGCGCUACUGCAAUGACAGCGGAGACCUGAAGGACAGUGUGCCCACCACGUGGGGAUACAACGACAACAGCUGUGCCUUGAACAUUAAGUGUCACGGCGAAAAAGGCACCCAGAUAGAAAAUAAACUAGGUUCAGCCACCGCCAACCCUUACCUGGUGUUGGCCGCCACUGUGGCUGCAGGCAUGGAUGGACUUCAGAGCAGUGAUUGUGUUAGUUCCGAUGAGAGCCAGGAUCUCUAUCAACCGGAACCUUCUGAGAUCCCUUUGAAGAUGGAAGAUGCCCUCACGGCCCUGGAGCAAGACCAGUGUCUCAUGCAGGCCCUGGGAGAGACUUUCAUUCGCUAUUUUGUUGCCAUGAAGAAGUACGAAUUGGAAAAUGAAGAAGCAGAUGCAGAGGGAAAUAAAUUCCUGGAGUAUUUUAUAUAGGAUGGGACUUUUGGCUUUAGAGAUGACAUUGUGACAAGUAGCUAACCUAUUAGGAA